GUUUUAUAAUUUUUCAUGAAAAAUAAUUCAAAUUUCUGUCUUAUAUAAAGUAGUUAAGCGUCUGUGACGGAACGAGUUCAAAUGCGCAAGUGCAAAGUUGGAUUUACAACAUGGUGGAACGCAGGAAAGGCAGAAAACGCAAAGAUGAAAUUUCAAGUUUAGAUAGUGAAAUUGCUCAGGAUAAGCCAUCAAAAGAAGAAUAUGCUGUAGCCAAAUGGAUUCGUAACAAUGUACCUUCCAAAAAGACUAAAUUUGACAGAAACCAUAAUGUUGAAUACUUCACUGGUACUCGUGCAGUCGAUGCACUAUUGGAAAACUCACCCUGGAGCAAAACUAGAUUUGAGACUCGAGAGCAAGUUACAAAGUUUCUUGACAUGAUGUUGAGGCACAAGUUUUUUCACAGAGCUAAAAAAGUAGUCAUUUCUGAAGAGGAGCUUUGUAAAAUUCGUGGUAUUAAGAAGAAAAUUAAAGAACCAAAGGAAGAAAAGAAGUCUAACGAAAAAGAAAAAGAAGAUCCAAAGGAAAACAAGGAUGUAACAAACAAGGAUAACGAAGAGAAAACUGAUGAACGGAAGGAGACCAAGAAGAAAUCAAAAGUACGACUUGAAAUGCAUAUGGAACAAUAUUUCGUAGAUUGCAACGAUGCUUACGUUUGGAUAUACGAACCAAUACCAGUGUAUUAUUGGUUUUUUGGUACCUUGGUGGUAUUAGGAGCAAUUGGACUUUGUUUAUUCCCAUUAUGGCCCCUAACCAUUCGUCAGGGAGUAUAUUAUUUAAGCGUAGCUGCUGCUGGAUUGCUUGUAUUCAUCCUUGCAUUAACUAUUCUUAGAAUGAUCGUAUUCUGUCUUCUUUGGGUACCUACUCUGGGCAGGUGUCAUUUUUGGUUAUUACCCAAUUUGAUAGCAGAUGUUGGUUUCUUUGCAUCAUUCUGGCCAUUAUAUCAGUAUGAAUACUAUGGUGCCUCAAAUGAAAACGAUAAAAGAGGUAGUAAAAAGAAAAAGAAGAAGGACAAAGAUUCUGAUACAGAAGAAGCACCUAGUACAUCUACGGAAGAUAGAUCUAAUAUGGAAGAAUUACCAAAGGAUGAGACAAGCAGAAUUGAAGAGAUUUCUAAUGGAGACAAUAAGAAAGUUUCUGUUAGCGAAUCAGCAGAAGGUUCCGAGGGUAGUGAAGAAGGUUCAGAAAGUGAGAAAUCAAAUACAGGCCGUGAUUUUGUGAUGGUAUAAAACAUAUAUUGUGACAUUAAUUAUCUCCAUGUUCAUUUGAACAAGUAAAAAUCAAUUCGAUGAUUAAUCGUUAAAAUUGACACAUGCUUUUAUGUAAAUUACUAAUGCAUAACUGUCAAAUUAUCAGAUUAUUAUAAUUAAUUUGGUAAAAGGGGAAUAGGUAUCAAUGUCAAAGUACUAUGGAAAUAGUAAAAUUAUCUUCUGGUGUACAAUCCAUUUCUUCAUAGAUAAAAAACAAAAAAAUAUCAGACGGAUAUACUUGUACCAGAAAUUCUGCAUUUUAUGCAUUUAGGAUUUUGCAGAUGGACAAAUAAAAAAUUUGUCUGCAUUUUGUACGAAGAGAAUUUAUUGUUGAUGAUAGGAUGGAAUAUGUAAUAUCAGAAUAUUAUAUCGCUUUCUCGCGAUGAUUUAACUUUCUUUAUAUAUAUAUAUUGUUUGUAAGUUAUAAAAAGUGACACGUGUUAUAAACGUGUUUUACUACGUUAUUAGAAGUACUUAAUUGAUAAUUGAAAAUAUUGGAUUAAAAGGAAUGCAAUAAAUUUUCUUCUUUACUGUUGUA